AUGACUUGCCCCUUGGCAAUGAAGAACUCUAAUGGCGUUGUCGAGAGCCAGAAUGUCGAGAAACAUGGAGUCAGAGUCUCAUCAAUGGAGUUAGCGGCAUCAAACUCUGAACUACCUGCAAACUUUGGAGAAGUUGUGAAGGGAAUAUAUCGCAGCUCGUUCCCUCAGCCGUGGAAUCUUCCAGCACUCAAAGGGCUAGGACUGAAGACAAUAAUCACUCUUGUUGAGGAACCAUAUACCCAGAGUCACGAAGAAUUCCUCAAGGCAAAUGGAAUUUUGCAUCACCGUAUUGUGAUCCUGGCGAAUAAGGACCCGGCAGUUAAAACACCUGAAUGUGUCAUGAAUCGUGUCCUGGAAAUUCUACUCAACAAGUCAAACCACCCGAUUCUCAUUCACUGCAACAAAGGCAAACACCGCACUGGCUGCGUGAGUGCUUGUUUUCGCAAGCUACAGGGAUGGGACAUGAGAGACGUAAUCAACGAGUACAUUCAUUACUCCUGUCCGAAAUCACGAGGUUUGGAUGAGGUGUUCAUUAAGGAAUUCGAUCCCUCCAAGCUCUCAACUUUGGUUCAAAUUUCGGGUGCAAAGUCAUGGCACUCUGGAGACUCCAGUAAAGUUCAAAACGAGGAGCGAACUUCGUCCAAUCGCCUUAUCCAGCCACCUCGCAAAGGCAUCCGCGUGUCCUGA